AUGUUGCUGCAAGAUGAACUAUAUAAUCGGUUGGUGGAUAUCUCAAAAGUUAUUGUGAGAGAAGAACAAGAGAGUUUGAAGAGGACAACUUUGGCUUGCUUUUUCGAAGACUACCGAAAAACUUAUCGAAUAAAAAAGAAAGAGCUAAGUAGUUCACAGGAAGCGCAAGAGGGAGGUAAUCAAAGCGACGCUGAACAAGAAAUUUAUGCUUGCGAUGACGGUGAAGCGGAUUUAAAUCUUUCUGAUGAGGAUCAAAAGUCAGAGGCAGGAGUUUCUGGGCCCUCUGUUGUACCGCUGGAUGGGGACCAGAAGGCUACUCAUGGAGAUGUAACUCUUUCAAAUCCGACCCUGCCAUCAGCUUCCAGCGAACCUGUACCUAAAAACUAUCCAAAAUCAAAACCGCUUACAUUGGCUUCCACCUCGGCAGUUCCAAACGACUUAUCCCAUGAGGAUUCUGCGUUCUGCUUUGAAUUUACGGCAGAAGACCUGCUUGGGCAAACUACUGCUUACACCGAUAGUGGAAGUGCCUUGAUCACAUAUCAAGUGUGCGGGAACGAAGAACUUUUUGAAAAUAAACCGUCGACCGCGGAAGGUGGCAACCAUAAUUCUAUACACAUGGAAAGUACAGAGGAGGUCGCGAGGAUUGCUGAGGUGGUGGAUAACGUGUGCAAUGGAGAAGCCUCGAUAUGGUCGGAACAAACUGCACACCUGCUCACUUAUACUACCAUUAACCCAGCAUCAACAUCUGUGAAGAAAAAGAAGGGAAGAAAAAGAAAAUUGCCUAUCGAUGGAUUGGAGGACAGCAGCGUAACGAGUUUCGAUUCCAACGACAUCUGCAGAGAUGUUGCAUCAGCAUUGGGCAUAGACGCGAAUGCAAUGAUUUCUCAUCUUUUUUCCAACAAUUUUGUGCAAAAGCCUGCCUUGAACGAAGCUCAGCUUCAAGAUCGACUUCAAAUGUUUUCCUCGCUGUCAUUGAGAAAUCACAUGAUGCCGUUCCUCUCCAGGAUUAUCACAUAUGCAGCGAAACGGAUAUACUUUGAAAGUGAGAAACGUUUACUGGAUGACACUUCUGACGAACUUCCUGGUCAAAGUGUUUUACUCAUUAUAUGGUGGUCGUCUAACGGUGUUAUUUACCAUGCCUUUUUGCGGGACGAUGAGAACGCUCAAAGCCAUAGGGUUUUAACAUGGCAGCUUUUCGUAAGUCAGCUUGGCGAAGUACACCGGGUGAUUAAAGCCAACAACAUGGAACAGCCUAAACCAAUUCUGCUUUGUGAUGAACCGCACCCUUACAUCUCUUGGGACGUAGUCACCAAGAUACACGACCGGAACUUUGAAAUUCUGCCAUAUCCUGCAAAUGCUAAAGAUCUCCUGCCUUCUCAUUACCAUUUCUUCUCGCAUUUCUUCAACUACAUUGGAAAUAAGGAUUAUAAGUAUUUUCAUACAUUAAAAACAGACUUUAGGAAUUUUGUUUCAUCUCGAGCCCCAAACUUUUUCGCUGACGGUAUUAAUGAAUUAGCGUUACGUUGGGAUAAAUGUAUUGAUAUGAAUGGAUGCUAUGUGGAUCUCUAA